CCGAAAUCCGGAGCACCAUUUAGGCGCUUCUUCGGACCGCGAAACCUCUCGCUGAGUCCGAACCCUUGAUGAAGUCUUCGUCGGGGUCUCCUCUCCCGUCCCUUGGCGCGCUGCCCUGCUUGAUCCCACCGUCAAUGGCGGGGGAAGCAACCCUGAGGAAGGCCAUCGGGAGCGUUCUCGGCUUCUUCAUCCUGCUCCUGAUCGGAAUCCUUGCCUUCUCGAUCCGCCUCUUCUCCGUCAUCAAGUAUGAGAGCGUGAUUCACGAGUUUGGUCCAUACUUCAACUACAGAAUCACUCAGGCAUGCUUUUUGCCUCUAUCUGAUGCUAGCUCGUUCAUGGUUCUGCAUAUAGCAACAUCAGUUUAUUUUUCUGGAGUAAUGGUGCGCCUUAUGCUUGUUCUUGCUCCAGCUGCAUGCAUUAUGUCCGGGAUUGCACUUUCUGAAGCUUUUGAUGUCUUCACACGGUCAAUUAAACUUCAGCUGCCAAAGAUGUUUGAAAGUCCACCUUCUGGUGCAGGGGAUAUUAAUUCCAGUCAAGAUGUCAUAAAGGUUGAUACCAAGGCAGCAACAGUUAAAUCUGAAUCUGCACCAAAAGAAAGACCAUCAAGGAAGAAUCGGAAGAAAGAAAAGGAAAUUGUUGAAAUGGUUCCUAAUAGGCCUCUAAAUGCAGAAAGACUUCUGGUGCUGCCUUUGGAGGCAUCUGCGGUUGCCAUUCUUCUGUUGAUCAUACUUGGUGCCUUUUAUGUGGUUCACUGUGUAUGGGCAGCAGCAGAAGCUUAUUCUGCCCCAUCAAUUGUUCUAACAUCUCACUCGCAUGACGGUUUACAUGUCUUUGAUGAUUUUCGUGAAGCCUAUGCAUGGUUGAGGCAUAAUACUGAUGUUGAUGAUAAGUGUCUUGCAAUUGAAAUUUAG